AGUUGAAAGAAAAUGAUAAGAAGGAUACUGAUGCUAGGAUGGCUGAUGUACGGUAGCUCCAAGAGCUUCAAAAAUGCGCUACUGCACCCCCCAAUUUCCAUCAUGAUUCCCCACACAACCUUCAUAAAGUACACACGAGUAUAUACAAUAUCACUUUGAAGAAUAUCAGGAUGUCUGAGAUUUCCAUGCCUAAUGGUAAUCAAUCGACGUUGCCACGGGAAAAUGAUAUCUCAAGCUUCAGAAAUGUUCACAUUCCCGGAAGACCUUCGGACUCAUGUUAUGAUGUUCAUUGCUUGGGAGGUACCAUUCGUUCAAUCACCACAGUUGGAAAGCAAAGCGACUAUCGCUUAAUAGUUCCUGGCUUGUGUCAUCCUCAUAUACAUCUCGAUAAGUGUUUUUUGUUAUCACAUCCAAAAUAUGCAGAUUUAGAGAUCAACGAGGGCGACUUUUCCGAGGCAAUGAAAUUAACCAGUUCGUCUUUCUCUACAUGCUUCGUCGAUUAUCAAAUUGAUCUCACAUCAUAACGCUUUUUUAUUCAUUCUAAGAACUAGGUGUGUUUAGGUGAAGCUAAGUCACGUUUCGAACACGAUGACCUUAUGGAAAGGGGAAGGGCCUUGGUUGAAGAGAGUAUCCAAUACGGUGUUACCCAUAUGAGAGCUUUUGUUGAAGUAGACUUCGGUGUGGGAAUGAAAUGCUUGGAUGCUGGAUUGGCAUUGAAAAGAGAAUUUUAUGACAAGUGUUAUAUUCAAAUCUGCGUAUUUGCACAAGACCCGAUUUUCAGCUAUGAAUAUGGAUCUCCAUCAAUGACAGAUUUGCUCGAGCAGGCAAUCAAACGGCCCGGAGUUGAGGUGAUUGGGAGCACCCCGUACGUCGAAAAGAGUUUUGCGCUCCAAGAAGAAAAUAUCCAAUGGACUAUUGAAACGGCGAAAUUGUACAAAUUACAUUUAGAUUUCCACCUCGACUAUAAUCUAGAUGUCCACCAACAACCUGCUGUUCAUUUAGUGAUAAAAAGGCUUCACAGGGCUCAGUGGCCGAUAGACAGAGAUAUUGCAGGCUUGAGCUUUCGAACAGUGGUACUUGGUCAUUGCACUCGACUCACGAUUUUCGAUAACAAUGCCUGGCAGAACCUGCGUCGUGAAAUUGGCAACCUACCUGUCUCAUUUGUCGGACUCCCUACGUCGGAUUUGUUUAUGAUGGGACGGCCUGAAAAAGCAGCCGGUGGCAGUAGCAGAGUCAGAGCUACACUCCAAGUCAUUGAAAUGAUCAAGAAAUAUGAUUUCAAUGCAACCAUAGGAAUUAACAAUGUUGGUAAUGCCUUUACUCCCCAUGGCAAUUGUGAUCCUAUGAGUCUCACAAGUCUGGGUAUGGGUGUUUAUCAAGCAGGCACGAAGGCAGACGCUGAGAUCUUAUUGGUAAGUUUAUCUCGGCCGCAUAGAACUUGAAAUACCACUAAUCGAGUCACCCAGGAAUGUGUAUCUACAAGAGCAAGAGCAGCAAUCGGCCUUGAUAUCAUGCGUGAUCUUAGAAUAGAAAUAGGAAGUCCUGCGAGUUUUGUUAUUUUCGGUACAAACGGAGCUCAGAACUUUAGAGCUAGGAAGUCGAUCCAGGAGUUAGUGUAUGAUGCAGGUGUUGAACGAACGACUAUCUUCGAAGGAAAAGAGGUCAUCUCUUCAUGAUCUUCCGGUCAUUUAAGUCAUUAUCAUGUCAUGUGCGCCCAAAUCCACGUGGCAGAGUUAUCAUCCAUUUGAUUCACGUGCAACCAUACAAGACAUUUAUUGUAGAAGUCAUCAGAACCGGGACAAGAACACAUAAGCCUGGACAAAACA